AGACCAGUACAUGACAUGUAACGAAGCGCGCGCUGUUGGUGCUCACCGUGAUACCAACAUUUGGGGUUUUUGAACGUGAUAAGAAUGUGUUAAAGCGCUGAUUAUUUCGGACAGAAGCGGUGUAGCUGUCUCGGCACGACUCGUCAUCCCGAACUCUACAGGCCAACAGCGUCGAACGUCGUGCGUACGGCUCAUCUGACCCUCUGCAUGACUAGUACGGCGGUCCGACCGCCUCCGCCUUUCCUUUCAGACGUUUCUGCGUCUCCGCAAAGCCCAAUCUGGGGAGCUCAUAUCGCUCGUGCUCCGAAGAAGCCCCAGCAUGCACCUAUAAAACUCCACUGGAACCACUCGGGCUGUUGUGCGCGCGCAUGUUUCUGCUCCUCACAUUUCUCGCUGCCCUGCAGGCUCUUGUCCGGGGGCAGUUCCCUGACUGCGUCAAUGGGCCGCUGGCCAAUAACACUGUGUGCGACACCUCCAAGGAUCCUAUCACCCGAGCCCAGGCGCUCGUCGCGGUGAUGACCACGACGGAGCUCAUUAACAACACUGUGCACAUGGCUGCUGGCGUGGCGCGGCUGGGGAUACCCAAGUACGACUGGUGGAGCGAGGCGCUGCACGGUAUCUCGACGGUCCACGGCGUCAAAUUUGCUGCCAGUGGGAAUUUCAGCUACGCGACUUCGUUUCCUCAGCCCAUCGUCAUGAGUGCUGCAUUCGACGACGCUCUCAUCAAAGCUGUCGCGACAACCAUCAGCACUGAAGCGCGUGCGUUUUCGAAUGCGGCGCGGAGUGGGCUGGACUGGUUUGCACCGAACAUCAACCCGUGGCGUGACCCACGAUGGGGCCGGGGCCCCGAGACUCCUGGAGAAGACGCGUUCCGUGCGGCACAGUACGUGUAUCAGUACAUCGACGGCUUCCAGGGUGGAAUCGAUCCAAAACCGUACAUCAAGAACACGGCAGUGUGCAAGCAUUGGGCUGGGUAUGACGUCGAGAGAGGGCGUACCUCAUUCAACGCUAUCAUCAACACCCAAGAGCUGAGCGAGUACUUCGUGCGCCCCUUCCAGACGUGUGUGCGCGAUGCCCGGGUCAAUGCGGUCAUGUGCUCCUACAAUGCUGUGAAUGGAGUGCCUACAUGCGCCGACCCGUAUCUGCUCCAGGACUUGCUGGUCGGUUCCUACGGCUUCAGCAAUGACAGCUGGAUUGCCAGUGACUGCGAUGCCGUCGCCAACAUCUUCGAUGCUCACGCGUACACCGACUCCUAUCCCGCUGCAGCUGCAGUGGCCAUCAAGGUCGGGACAAAUGUGAAUUGCGGGACCACCUUCUCCCUGUAUCUCCAAGCGGCCAUCGAUCAAGGCCUGGCAGACCGCGCCGAUGUCGAGGGCGCAGUCGUGCGGCUGUACUCGUCUCUUGUGCGUCUGGGGUACUUUGAUCCGCCCGCCCAGCAACCGUAUCGGCAGAUCACAUGGGAUGCGGUGAACACCCCAUCUGCUCAGACGUUGGCAUACGUCUCAGCGACGGAAGGGCUGGUCUUGCUCAAAAACGACGGCACGCUUCCGCUGAAGAAAAACCUGACGAAGAUGGCCGUCAUUGGCCCAAAGACCAUUGCAUGGACUGGCGCUCAACUAGAGCUGAUCCAGAAUCUGACGGCUAUCGGCAAGCCUCUCGUCGUGGUGCAGUGCGGUGCGGGGCAGAUCGACGAUUCGUCGCUUCUUUCCGAUCCAGGUGUUGGAGCCAUUCUUUGGGCGGGGUACCCCGGCCAAAGCGGUGGAGCGGCUAUUUUCGACAUUAUCAGUGGCAAAGUCGCCCCUGCUGGCCGGUUGCCUGUGACGCAAUACCCCGCAGCUUUCAUCAACCAGGUGCCCAUCACUGACAUGAACCUGCGGCCAAACAAGACGUCGGGAAACCCUGGGCGGACAUACCAAUGGUAUACUGGCUCCCCCGUCGUCGAGUUCGGCUUCGGGCUGCAUUACACGACGUUUUCGGUCCAUUGGCAGACGACCCCGGUCGCGAGCUACUCGAUCUCGAAUCUGCUGAAGACGGCCGGAUCCGCCGCGCACCCCGAUCUGGCGGUCUUUGACACGUUCAAAGUCAACGUGCACAACGCCGGGAACACCGUGUCGGACUUUGUCGCUCUGAUGUUUGUGAAAACGACGGCAGGGCCGCCGCCGUUCCCGAACAAAUCGUUGAUAGGGUACUCGCGCGUGGCUGCGCUCAAGGCUGGCUGGACGGUCGCUGCGUCGAUUAGUGUGACCCUGGGGAGCAUCGCGCGCACCGACGAGGGCGGCAAUCUCUGGUUGUACCCCGGCAGCUACGGCCUCAGUGUCGAUGUGCCUGAGAGCCUGACCCAUAACUUCACUCUCACCGGUCAAGCGGUGCAGCUCACCAAUUUUCCUGCACCCCCAUAAAUAGCUACAGUAUCACAUAAAAGUAGCAAAAUGUGUGUCGAUAACGCGUCGAGGUCUAGCAGUCCAUUUCCCUCUGGAAAAUCUGUCGGUUCGAGCACGAAGCAAGCGCAUCAUCG